AUGGCGGCACACAUGGCAAGGAAAGCUCUUUACGUUUAUGGCGCAUUUUGCAUACUUUUGUUUGCCAAAGCGAGUAACGAUUGCGAAAGUAAGUAUUUACACUUUUUGCGUUGACUUAAGACAGAAUUAUGAGUAAUUCUGAAAAUGGAGAUCGAGAAAAGAGUUAAAACAAUUUUGAAAUUUGCCCCUCGGCCCAGCGCCUCUGCUCGUUUAAGCGGAGCUACAAAGACAUUACAAUAAAAGGACAUUACAAUAAAGACAUUACAAUAAAAAAAUAACAAUGAAAAAAAAAGGAUCAUUGUGCCGUGAUGGCACGUAAAACAAAUUUCAUUAUUUAUUCCAACAAUUUAUAAUUCAAUGAAGGACAACUUAAGGUUUUUUUCUCAGUCUCACCCUUGUAACAUUGGAUAAAAACAUUGUAAUGUUUAACUUAUUGAUGGCAAAGCUGGACAGGAUGAAAUGCAACAGUCAGAUAAUUUUUCAAUCCAAAAUACCUGUAUCAUUUUUACUAAACAUUUAUGCGUGGUAAAGCCACGUACCCCAUUAACUCAGGGCGUGAAGAAAUUCCUGUCUUGUUUUCCAGGACAUUUAGUAGAUUUGCUUGUAAAGUUGGGUAAGAAACAUUGUUAUAUUCCUAGACUUUCACUCAACUAAACAGGGACUACCAUUGGUUGAUUCUAGGUCACGUGGCCUUGACUAAAAUCAAAUGUAUCCCAAUCAUGAUACAUUAAGCUAUGUACCCCGCUUAGGCUACAUUACAGCACGUGAUCAAAGCAUGGUGGAAAGUGGCGUGACACAUCAUGUAAAUCAUUCAUUCAGUGGUUUUAAGAAUUAAAAUUUGUGGUGCUAUAAGUACCGAGUCGACUGUUUUGGUUGGCUCCGGUUAUUCUUUUGUUGCUGUUAAAGUGAAAGUCUAGAAAUAUAAUAAAACACUUAACGUCAGGUCCCUCGGGAAACCAGUUAGUUUUGUUUUCCCUCGAGUCCUGAUGUUUCCCUCGACUUCGUCGCGGGAAACAUCAUGACUCCUGGGGAAACAAAACUAACUGUUUCCCUCGGGAUCUGACAUUAAGUGUAUAAUAAUCUUUUUUCGUCACUUGUCCAAUGGGCAAAGGUCCAUUCAAGUCAUCUAGUACUUAAAACAUUAGCUAAGGUAAGCAAGCAAUGGCCCUGGGCAAGCAAAAUAAAAGAGCUGCUAGAGCUUUUUUCAAGCCCUACCAGAAACACAACAAAGUAAUUUGAUAAUUUGUCUUCUUCAGACAUCUCCAUUUUAGAUCUAUCAAGAAAGCUGGAAUUUUCCAAGUUCCAAGCAAAAAACAUGAAAAUGUGUGUAUCGGGUAGGGAUGUCUCACUGUCACACUUGUGGGGCAGCGUGGUAGUUGCUCUUCGAUUUGAAAAAACUGAUGUUCAAUCUUAUGAAGCUGAUAGGUAAGUUCAUUUUUUUUCCACAACAAAAUGGUGACUAGUUGCACUAAUUCCUUAAACAUUUCUUAAUUCAGUUGGCAUGUUCAUUGUAUACAAGUUGCUCUAGUAGUCACUUGUAUUGAAAGUGUCUUACCAGUGAUUUUAUGGGGAGAAACACUGUUGGCGUUAAAGUAGGCUCAAUUACCAGCAGCUGUUUGGGAAAUGAACCCGCGGUCCUCCCCUGAACAGACAGCUGGACACAUGGGCUUGCUACUGUUAAUGACCACCAAUAUUGUAAGCUUCAAAUAGACUCUAUAAAGCCAUGGUCUCCCCGGUUCUAGAUUAUUGUGAUGCUGUGUGGCAUGACUGUGGACAAGGAAACAAUGACAAGAUUGAAGGACUACAAAGAUGAGCAGCGAGGACUGUCUACUUCAAAGCUGCCUCAAAACUAUCAACUGAUCAAAUUGGAACCUUUCUAUUAUAGAAGACGGACACACAUUUUAAGAUUUGUUAAUCAGUGCAUUGCAAAUAGAGUUCCCGGAUACCCUUUUAAUUAUUUUAAUGUAAGAAACCGUGACAUUCACCGCCACAAAACUAGAAAUAUUAAUGACCUUAUUUUAGAAAAAGUUAACUUAGAAUGCACCAAGCACGCUUUUUUCUACAAAGGUGCAAAAAUUUUUAAUAACUUUUAGAAUUUAUAACUGUUCGACUCUUCCUUUUAAUGUAACUAUUUUAUACUAUUGUAAUUUUUUUUAUCCAUAUUUUUAACCUUUUUUUUUCAGGACCUGCAUUGAUUGCAGUUUUUUCUUAAAACUGAUGCAGCGAUCCUCUAUAAAUAUGUUUAAAUUAUUAUUAUUAUUAUUAUUAUUAUUAUUAUUAUUAUUAUUAUUUUGAUUUCUUUUGUCUUCUUUUUUUUCUGCUUUUGUUUUGUUUUGUUUUUUUUAAUCAUCCAAUCUCAGGCAGCAUUAAUUUUGUAAAUUGCCUAUACGUAGCAGGAUUUACAAUUGUACAUUCAAAAACACAAAUGAAGUUUCCACUAUUAUUAUUAUCGUUGCCUGCUCAAAUCAAGCAGGCAGCAUAAAUCAUUUUAUUUUCCUGGAGUAAAUUUAAACGGCGGAUGCAAACUUAGGUGUUGUUUGAUUUGGCGUGCAAUCGUGUUUUAGAGCGUUUUCAGCUUAAAAACCUAACAUUUUUACAAAGAAAAGUAUUAGCUUAGAGAAGCGGGCAAAUAGUAGGUAUGUUUUUGAAAUUCAACCAACGGGUUCACUGGAUCAAUAAUUAUUUCCUUUCUACAUGAAUGAUGGUUGUUGGCAGCUAUCGUGAAAGAGACAACUGUCAAGUCCACCAGUAAGCAAGGUCAAUGUAAAUCCAAUCAGUACAUGUUUCUGCUGAUUCUUAUGGCAAAUGCCAAAGUGAAGACGAGGCAAAGCACAACAUUAUGUUCAGUAUUUAAUGACAUUUCCCAUUUUUGACGUUUCUUAAAGAUGCAUAAAUUUUAAUUACGUCACAGACACAAUGGGCCACUCACUCAUCUAGCCAUCUCUUCUCGGGGAGGACUAAGAGAGGGGUGGAAAUCGAGCCUAGUGUUAAAGGGGUAUAGUAUUUAUUAUUGUUUGAUUUUACAGUUAUAGCAACAUUCAUAUAUAUUAAUUAUUACUGGAUCACUACAUUCAGAUCAUUAUUACAUGUAUUUAUGUAGUGCAUUGUAAAUGAGCCAUUUUAAUACGCUUACAUGCAUUGCCUCCUCACAUGUGUUUUCUACUUUAAUCAGUAAUUUUAAAACAGUCUUUUUAUUUUUGUUUUACUUGACAGCUGCCAUGCACUCAACCCAGCCAAUAAAACUUGGGGAUCUGUGUUUCAGUCAUUGGUGACAAGCACUAACAUACAGGAUCAAAUCACAUUCAAGCAGUCACCAUUCAAAACUUCAUGCUUUGCAGUGGAAUUUGGGAAAAAACAGGAUGUGUCAAUAGAAGCUGAGUUUCAAGGUGAUUCUACAAAUUUAAUUUUAUGGUCAUGACAAAUAUCCAUGAUAAUACCCUUUCAAACUUAACAAUGGCCAAAGAGCAAAUUCAAAAAGAAAAUUCAAACUUCUUUUUGUAAAAUCUUAAGAAAUAAAUGGUAGUUCACCUGUAUUUUAAAGUUUUUACCAAAGUUGUUUGAUUUGAAAUAAAUAUGUCCAUAGCAUUCAAAGUUAGUGACGUACUGUAUUUGAUUAAUUAAAUACCACCACUAAUUAAUAUCCUUGAACACCACCAUCAAAAUAAUAAACGCUCACCCAAUCAGAAGAAUGUGGAGUUUAUGCGAGGAUAAUAAAAAAAACUUGCUUCAACCCAAUAAUCUAAACCAUGCAGACAAUAAUGAUAUGAUUCCAUUUCAGCAAAAAAGCAAGCCUUUUUAGAUCACCUUACUUUUGUGCAUGAAGAAGGUAAAUAAUUAUGUUGUUAAUCUCUUUUCAUUUUAGUUAUUGACUGGAAAUUUCCAGCAGCAUUUCUAGCAGGCCUUGUCAUCUUUUACAAUGCAGAAAGACUUAGUAGGUAUACUAUCUAAACGUCCCCUUCCACAAUGUAAAUUUUAACAAAAACUUGAUUUGUUAAAAUGAUGAUGAUGAUGAUCAAGGAUGACGAUGAUGAUGAUUGAUGAUGAUGAUGAUGAUGAUGAUGAUGAUGAUGAUGGUGGUGGUGACAGAAAUGAUAGUUGAUACAUUGAGUCUAUUUAGAUGCCAUACCAACUUUCUGUUGCUGCCAAUAGACCUUUGUCUUGGGGUGGCCAUUUUGUCUAAAAAGCUCUGUUUAUGCAUGGCUAGCCUCUUAGAGAGAACGAGGCUAGCUGUGCAUAAACAAAGCUUUUUAAGUCUACUGAGACAAAAUGGUCGCUGCGUGAGGGAGGUCUAUUGUAUGCUUACAACUACACUGUAGCAUUGCGCCUCAGUAGUAGGUCUAGUUGUUUUCCACACCAUAAUUAUUCCUUUGAUGUUGUUAUUGCCCAUGGUGCAGUAAAGUAAACUGAUCAAAAGCAGAUUCUAUGGAAAGUCGCACUUUUGUUCUUUGUUGUUGUUCUUGCAAGCUUUAUGCGCACAAGAUAGGAGAGCUGUGAAUCUGUUGUUAAUGUUUCUUCUAUUAUUAAUGAGCUGUUUUUUCUUUCCAGGAACAGUUUGUUCUUUUAUUCAUCUGGUGUAUCACUUGGUCUUAUCAUGUCAAUUCUUCUGCUUGUCUACAUACUGCACAGACUAAUUCCAGGGGUAAGAAAAAACGGUGUGGGGUCAAUGUUAGGACCUAACCUUGGAGUAUUUUCUUUCCAGAAACAGCUUGUUCUUUUGUUGAUCUGGCCCUGGUUGUUCAAACUUUGGAGAGCACUAUCCACCGGAUAAAUCACUAUCCAGUGAAUAAGUAUUAUGGAAAUCAAUAACGCCUGUUGAUAGCGCUAUCCAAGGUUUGAACAACCGAGCCCUGGUGUAUCACUUGGUCUUAUCAUGUCACUUCUUCUGCUUGUCCACAUGCUACACGGAUUAAUCCCUGGGGUGAGACAAAAAGGUUAGGGCCACUGUUAAGACUUAUCCCUUGGAUAAGACAAAGCAGUUUGGGGUGAUGUUUUAGACAAAGUCCUGGGGUAAAGCGAGCAGAGGUGAACGUUAACCCCUGUUAUGCUGGCAAUAGGAAGUUUAAGAAUGUUGAACGUGCAUGUAUGCAUUUGCUUAACAAUUGUUGUCAAUAUUUCAGCAUAUUGCUUUAUGCCAUUUUCGCAACUGAGGCCGCCGUGUUUAAUUGUUAUAUUUCACUGCGUUCGACCUCAUGAGAACGCAGCCUAAUCCCCGCGUUUUGGGUGUCCAAGUCAAAAACGUAUGGCAGGACAAAAAGCAUAUCCUUUCGGGAAGUUUAUUGCAUUUACAUGUAUUGGAGUCGUUGUUUUAAAUGUUGUUGUUGUGUGGUCAUUUCUUUUCAGAGAGGAGGUGCAUAUGCUGUUUUAAUUGGAGGAUGGAGUCUGGGUGCUUAUUUAAUCCAGUGGACUUGGAGUAACUUAAAAGACCUUCUACUUAACCACAACCAGUGGGUCAUUGGAUAUCUUGUUGUUAUAGGUAUGUCACAAAAGAGACCUAUAGAUAUGAGGACCAGAUUUAACCACAAGUUUUUUCGCGGAUAUUCUCUAAACGUACAUAGACAACCCGGAAAACUUCAUUGUCCUUAAUUUUUUCUUUUUCAGCAGAAACGUUAGUACGGUUUUUUUUAUUGAAGGAGGUUAAGCCCUCUGCCGAUCGCAAAAUAAUACAUUUCCGAACAUUUUAAUAACUUGUUUCCGCCAAAACGACAUUCUUGCUAAAACCCGUAGUAGAUUGAAGACGGCUAUCGCUCUUUCCCGCCAAAAGAACGCUGGAUCACGCGUGCGCACUACUUAAUUAAUAUUGAGAAAAAUAAAUCUCGUCCUCGUCGUCGCGCUCUCGUUUUUUAAUAGAAUCUAAAGGUCUCUUAUGCGAAAAGGAAAACCUGCAUAUUAAAGAUUAUUAUGGUCUGUAUUUUUCAAAAACUCCUACUCUUUGACUGUCGUAUUACGCUCUAUAACAGUAGAGUUUUUUCCUUUCGUCAGGCAUCAGAAGCUUAUGUGUUUGCUGUUGUUACGGCCUAGUCAACGUAUUACGCUGUAUAACAGCUGUGUUUAUUUCCGGCUUUCUUCAGGCCUCAUAAGCUUUGGUGUGUGUUAUUAUUACGGCCCAGUAACCAGCGACCGCGGACUGGAUCUCAUUCGCUGGAUGCUGCAGCUUAUAGGAUUGAGCCUGCUGUACAUGAGUACAAGGUCAGAUGAGGUCUCCAUAGCUCUGUGUAUUACUGUGGUUUCGUCUCAUAUAAUUCGCAGAAGUGGCAUCCUUAUCUUCUGUUUCAGACUGCUUCCGCAACACUGGUAAGGCUACCAUUCAUGCUGCCAAGAGUAAAUUAUAGGACAGAGAGGAAAACACCGUUGUUUGCUUUAAGGCAGUCAGGCGUGGACUUGAUGACGUUUCAAACGCGGACGUCCUGGGAAUUAGACUUCCGUUUAAUUGCAACCUCUAAAAAUAACUUAAGUGAAGUUCGCAUAUCCCGGCCAACGCCCUAAGUUUCCCUCUUUGUCCUAUUAUUCCCAUUAUAUUGGUGUAUUUUCGCGUCUGAGGGCAUCUCACCCUUUGAUUGUAACCUCCUUGAUGUUUUACCCUUUUUUCCGUAACCACGGUACCCUUCCGAUAAUACUCGAGGUGUAAAUCAAACAGCUAAUUUACUGAAAACGUAGGAAAUGGUAUUUCUGAGCCCCUAAAUUUGAAACCUUUCAGUUCUCAGGGAGCAUGCCCUCACUCCCCCUAGUUUACAGUACCUUGCAGGUCUAACCUUUCUUUCCCUGCGUACACUCUCAAAACCUUACUCUACGCCUCUGAGGUGUCAUUAAGUUUUAGCAGAUCAAACAUAUUUUGGCCACCUAUUACGAACAAUAAUCGUGAACAAGUGUUGUCUGCCUUUUGUAAUUCCGCUGAUUUACACUGCUUAUUUAUUUAUUUAUUUAUUUUUUCGCAGGGUUUCCUACAGAAUCUAUUAUUUCUUCUUUCCUCCAAGACACACAUUUCUUUCCGAGGAGGAAUACAUGAUGCAGGGAACUGAAGAAACUAGAAGAGCUUUAGAAGAUCUUAGAGAAUAUUGCAGCAGUCCCGAGUGCGAUACAUGGCGCCUUGUUAGUCGGCUGCAAAAUCCCACUAGGUAUGUUACCAUCCCGGUGGGAGGGUUCUCCCUAUGGUGGCCUUAACGGGGAGGAUCCGCCCGAAAGGGGUACCUUUUUCACGCUUCGGGUGUAUGAAAGAGAAGGGAUUCACUUGUCGAAUGUAUGGAAUGGUAGGGAAAUCGGUGAAAAGGCUAACAGAUGCGUUUUAUGGCUGUGAAAAAAUCGAGAAAACGUCGUGGUUCUGUGAUUUAUACUACUACAUGAGAAAUUUCUGCAAUUUGACUGGCUUAGAGCAGUGGUUUUUCAGCUUAAUUUGAAAUACCUACAUGUGAAAAUUACAAACCUUUUGCGGGUAGUAGUGUAAACAAAUAAUAACAUGAUUAACGUGAUAAUUGGCAUAAAUACUACUCGUGAUAUUUCAAAUUUGUCUCAAAUUUCACUCGCCUAACGGCUCGUGAAAUUACGUAUAACAAUUUUGAAAUAUCACUCGUGGUAUUUAUACCAAAUAUCACUACAAAUCAUGCUAUUACCUAUACUUAUCCAUAUGUUAAAGACUGUGUAUUUACAGUAGUUAAAAGGGAUGCAAUGUUCUACAGUCAAAGGGGUAUAGUAAUUCUGCGGCAUAUUCUGUUGAUACUGGCAUUAGUUGGGCAGUGAGACUUAAAAGAAUCAAAAGUGACAUUGAAUGUCCUAUUUACAUGUUGGAAAGUACUAGAAUAAUUACUAUCAGUCUAUAUAGAAAGAACUCGUGGGAACGUUGUUUAGAAAAUUAUCAAGUGGUUAUCAACUCUGGUUUUCCCACAGUAAAUUGUAGGAAAUGAUAGAAAUUCAGAUCGUUUAUCCAUAUAUUUAAUAUAGGGUGCACGAUAUUUUCUCUGGAAACACAAUACUUUUCUUGCUGUUUGUUGCGCUUUAUGAAGUAACAGUUAUUUAGCUAUAUAUUUAUAGAAAACAACGACACAAAAAGCGGGAAAAAAAAGAAAGAAGGAACAAAUAACUCAGUAGGAUUCGAACUCGGCACCUUCGACUCGACGCGACUACACUUAACCACUACACCACAGAGACUGAUUACGUAGUCCUUAGGAAAAGUCUUUGAUUUUAUUCCUUUCCCAUGAAACUUCCGCCGGCAAGAUGAUCGCCAGCCGCAUAAACCGAGCUAUUAACAGUAGAAAAACAACAAUGUAAACGGAUAUUCCAUGGCAAUAAAUGAAUGAAAGAACAUAAUUAUGCUUUUCAAAACGCCGAUACACGUCCUCGUCUGCAAAGUAGGACACAAAACAUUUGUUUUGUUAUCUCGAUUUCCGCUGUUAUUUUGAAGCGAAUGGUCAAAAUCACAUCCAUUUUCGGCUCAUACAGGUUCUUAAGAAUAGCAUUGCAUGACAUUUUCUCACUUUCACAUCACCUUCUAGCAAGCUGGAAUUUGUAUAUCCCCCGUGUUGCGGAGUCGAAGAGCAAAAAAGGCUCUUGAAUUGAAAUCCAAUCCCCAAGUUAACCAUCGUACUCUUCUUAAAGACUCCUGCGUGUCUUAAAAUUUGGUAAGACCUCUAACCGUGCUGUAGAAAAUUUGCCACAAAGAAAACUCUAAGUCUGAGCAGCGAACGAUGCACUCUCUCACCCACCGAACUUCCCCGUGUUUUUAUUUGAGUUGUUCGUGGCGCAAUGCACUCUGGUUAAAUGCAAUGCAUUGUGGUAAAAAGUGAUGAAUUCGAGAAUUCGUCGCCCCUUAUAUAUUUCCUUUAAAUCCUGAUUAUGUUGCUGCUCGCUCCCUUCGGUCGCUCCGCAGCAAAAAGGGUAAGGGGUUGGACCUCGGGGCGGAAACUCAUCGAAUUACUAUUUUGUUUAACGCGUAGAAAAGCGAACAAAUCAAGGAAAAAAGAGAGAAAUUAAAACUGAAGGAAAAUGUAAAGGAAACGAAAAUAAUUAAAUAUUGGCUUGCAGUUGUACUUGAAUGGUCGCACUUUGAUUUCUGCAGUUUCACUGAGUUGAAACUGAAGCUUAACGUCGAGUAGCGCAAUCUUUAAUAUCAUGGUACAAAUAGUAAGGCGGAGUGUGUCGGUUGGACGAUUCGCACGAAAAUCGCCAUUCUAGCUUCCUUUUUUGACUCCACAAGUAUUCUCAAUACUCUUUUCUUGCAAAAACCUUGUAUAGAAGUCCAAUAAAUUUGAAGUUUAGCUGGUUUAUUUUUACCUUAGAUUUCGUGUCACAUCCUUUUUUUCUUGCCCUAUUCGUAAAAUUAAUGGGAAAGUUUUUCUACUCACUUUUAGUUUUUUACUGUUUACAUGUACUUUUUCCUUUUACAUUUUAUAUUUGACUCUUAAUCCUUUACGUUCCAACAGUGAUCAACUUCAAUUUUCUCCUUACUAUAUCAAUACAUAAUCAGCUGAAAAGCUUAAGAGAAUCAAUAAACUGAUCACCAAACGGAAAAUGCUUUGAUCUUUUUUUUUUUUCUCAAAUUCUCCUGGGCAGCGUAUUUUCUAAGGGAGUGUAUGGAGGUCAGUCAGGACAAUUUGUGUGUAUUUUGGCUUAAAGGGUUAAAUGAAACCGCAAUGCAUUUAAACUGGCUCUUGAAGUUUAAGGAAUUACGACUUUUGAAGAGCUGAAUGUCUGUUUACAGUGUAAGCAUUUUUGUAGGAUAUUUUUUCCUUACGUAACCUAACCCCUCCGUCAAAAGGUAAACAGAGGGCUCCUACUAAAGUUGAUUGUUGCAAUGGCUUAAAGUUUAUAGCUUUAUUAGUAUAUAUGCUUAAGCUUCGCUUUUAGGCUUGGCUAAAUCAAUAAAUUACAGAUUACAGCUGUAAUCUGUUUUCUGAAUCAAGAGAUGCUUAGGGUUUUUAUAAGUAAUGUUCACAUCGAACUUCUUUUCCAGAUUUGCGCAAUUCAUGUCCUCCGGCCAGCAUAUCGUAGACAAUGAAGUAAGAACACACGAAGAAGUAGAUCCUUUACAUUGGCUCACUGAAGAAAGCGAAGACGAAACACUAAACACUUCGAGUCUUGGUGAGUAA